AUGGAGAGCCUUCUCACCACCAUCGACAACGUUUCCGGCCAGGUCUUCGACUAUGUCAUCAUAGGUGGCGGCACUGCCGGCCUCGUCCUCGCCGCUCGUCUUUCCGAGGAACCCUCGAAGACGGUGCUGGUGCUGGAGGCUGGCGGCGCACACCUCAACGACCCCCUCAUAGACCUCCCUGCCGGGUACGGCAAGUUUAUGGGCAACCCGGAGUACGACUGGGCGUUCACGACGGUGCCGCAGAAGCACUCGAAGGACACGAGCUUCUUUUGGCCCCGAGGAAAGGGUCUUGGCGGUUCUUCUGCAGUCAACUUCUACACGUGGUCGCGCGCGGAGAAGGAGGAUAUCAACGCAUGGGAGCGCCUCGGGAACCCCGGAUGGAACUGGGAGAACCAUCUCAAGUACGCGAUCAAGUCCGAAACAUUCGUCCCGGCGUCAGCUGAGGUGGCAGAGAAAGAGCGCCAGACUCACGACCCCGCCGUCCACGGCACGGACGGGCCCAUUGUGAUCGGUUUCCCGAACACGACGAGCGGAUGGGAGGUCGCGAUGCAGGACUCGCUCGAGGCACUCGGCUUCCCGCGCCUGCGCGACCUCCAGACGGGCACCCUGGUGGGCGCGGGGAGGGUGCCCUCGACCGUGGACCCACGCGCGAACACGCGCACGACCUCCCAAGAUUAUCUCAAGCUCGCGGUGGGCCGCAGUAAUCUCAAGAUCCUCGUGAACGCGUCGGUGGCACGCGUGCUCUUGGGACCUACUGAGGACGGCGGGUUCGUGGCGUCGGGCGUGGAGUUCUUGUUCGACGGCAAGACGCAUGUGGUCUCUACGUCCCCGAGCGGCGAGGUUAUUCUCUCUGCUGGGACCUUGAAGUCGCCGCAGAUCUUGGAGCUGUCCGGGAUCGGCGACCCGGCCAUUCUGGAGAAGAUCGGGGUCGAGACCAAGGUUUCACUCCCCGCCGUUGGCACGAACGUCCAAGAGCACCUCUUUGCGGGCAUGGCGUACGAGGUCAACGAGCCCGAGAAGUACAACACGAUCGACGAGCUAACAGACCCCGCGAAAGUCGCCGAACACAUGGCCCUCUACCCCGACGGCAAAGGCCUCUUCACCCUCGGCAUAUCCUUGCUGUCUUGGACAUCCCUGAAAGACAUCAGCGCGCGCGCCGCGGAUAUAGAGGCGACCGCGCCCACCACGAGCACGACCCCCGGUCUGACGGAGCAGUACGCGGAGCAGCACGCGCGCAUCGCCGAGGGCGCAGCAAGCGCCGAGUACACCACCAUCCCCGGCUUCUACAGCUUCCCCAACCCCCCGACCCCCGGCGCCAAGCACGUCACGCUCUGCUCCAUGCUCAACCGGCCUUUCUCCCGCGGCACGAUCCACGCGACCUCGGCGGACCCCCUCGCGCCGCCCGCGAUCGACCCGCACUACUUCGAAGAGCCCGCCGACCUCGCCGCCUACGUCGAGCAGAUCAAGUUCGCGCGCCGCCUCGCGCGCACCGCGCCCUUCGCCGCCGUCCUCGGCAAGGAGCUCAACCCCGGCCCCGCCGUCGCCUCCGACGCCGAGCUCGCGCGGUGGCUGAAGAAGCACAUGACGACCGUGCACCACACCGCGGGCGCGUGCGCGAUGCUCCCGCGCGACAGGGGCGGGGUCGUCGACCCGCAGCUGAGGGUGUACGGGACGACGGGGCUGCGCGUCGUCGACCUGAGCGUCGUCCCGCUCAUCCCGGGCGCGCACACGCAGAGCGUCGUGUACGCGGUCGCGGAGCAGGCGGCGGACGUCAUCAAGGGCGUGUUCGUGGCGUGA